AGCUGUUCGGUCCACCCUUCCUGGCUGUCACCACCUUGAAGGUUCUGACACAGUGACAGAGGGAGGUCUGGGAAAGGAGACAGACUGGAGCUGUUUAUUCUCCUGGAAGCCCCGGAGCGAUGUGGUGCGGACAGCCCUUCCUACUUUGCCUGUGGCUCUUUUGUGUGACUUUGAGAGGGGCUCCCCGGUGACGGAUUCCUCCCUGCUUGCCUGCUGAGGCUCUGGGAGGGAGGACCGGAGUGAGCGGAGCAGUGGCCAGAAGCAGCCAGCACAGACCUCAACUGCUGGAACUGGCGUGCAGUUUCUGAAGUCAGCAGAAACAGAAAUCAAAUUAUUAUCAUCUUCUGUUGCUGGGAGCUCAAGGAGAAGGGGAUUCCACACCGGCUCAGUCACCACCAUGCGACAGGCGAGUCACAGGAUAGCGGACCCUGGCGACAACCAAUGUAAGUUUUUAGGCUGCUGUCUUUUACUGCUGUGGGAUUUUCUCUCUGGUUGAAGUCACGCUUGGCCACGAUGCCGUCAUUGCCGUGAGAAUUUCUGGUGUGGAAAGUUCUCUCUGCUGCUCUUCGGGAUGCGUUUUCCUUCUGUUAAGCAAGCCACAGACACGAGCUGAAAUCCCUGAUCGCCGCUGCGGCGUUUCUGCCAGAGACUAAGAAGGAUAACCCAAGUAUAUCCAGUUACUAUGGGAUUAACACUGCAUGGGUUGUUAAUGGAUUUCCUUAAUACAGAGGGCACACAGCCCUCCCUACCGAUUUCGGAUUGCAUGCUGUUUUAACUUUGUGAUGGCCGAACUCGUGAAAUCAGCACGUUUGACCCGAGAAUUAGCUGAAACAGAUUCCCACCGGUUACAAAACUUUUCUUCCUUAACCAGAAACACGUUUGUAUCCCCAAAUGCUCAAAACUGCUUUUUGGCCUCUGCUUCACUGAGAACUUACAGCUGGACAGUGGGCUCUUCCUAGCACUGCGAAAGCAGGCAGCGUCAAGAGCUAUCACAUUUCUGCAACUCUUACUAUGGGAGAGGAAAAGGCAGCCAGAGGAGCCACACAUGGUCUCCACUUCAACGAUUGGAGCCAGGGCAUAAAGAUGAAUGGUGAGCCCAGGCUGUGACUUGCUAGUCUCUCCACACUUCAUCAGCUACAACUUCCGGCUUAGACAUGGAAAUUCUUUGUGAAGACAAUACUUCUCUGAGCUUAAUUCCAAACUCCUUAAUGCAAUUAGAUGGUGACUCGAGGCUCUACCAAAAUGACUUCAGCUCCAGAGACGCUAACAAUUCUGAUGCAUCGAACUGGACGUUUGAUGCUGAAAAUCGAACCAACGUUUCCUGCGAAGGGUACAUCCCACCGACCUGCCUCUCCAUUCUUCAUCUCCAGGAGAAAAACUGGUCUGCUUUAUUGACAGCUGUAGUGAUUAUUCUGACCAUUGCUGGAAACAUACUAGUCAUCAUGGCAGUGUCCCUAGAGAAAAAGCUACAGAAUGCCACCAACUAUUUCCUGAUGUCACUUGCCAUAGCUGACAUGCUGCUGGGCUUCCUUGUCAUGCCUGUGUCCAUGUUAACCAUCUUGUAUGGGUACCGGUGGCCUUUGCCUAGCAAGCUCUGUGCAGUCUGGAUUUACCUGGAUGUACUCUUCUCUACGGCCUCCAUCAUGCACCUCUGUGCCAUCUCACUGGACCGCUACGUCGCCAUCCAGAACCCCAUCCACCAUAGCCGCUUCAACUCCAGAACCAAGGCCUUCCUGAAAAUCAUCGCUGUGUGGACCAUAUCCGUAGGUAUAUCCAUGCCGAUCCCAGUCUUCGGGUUACAGGAUGAUUCAAAGGUCUUUAAGGAGGGGAGCUGCCUGCUCGCGGACGACAACUUCGUCCUCAUAGGUUCUUUUGUCGCCUUUUUCAUCCCCUUAACCAUCAUGGUGAUCACCUACUUCCUCACUAUCAAGUCACUUCAGAAAGAAGCCACCUUGUGUGUGAGUGACCUCAGCACUCGGGCCAAAUUAGCCUCCUUCAGCUUCCUCCCUCAGAGUUCUCUGUCAUCGGAAAAGCUCUUCCAGCGGUCCAUCCACAGGGAGCCAGGCUCCUAUGCAGGCAGGAGGACGAUGCAGUCCAUCAGCAAUGAGCAAAAAGCAUGCAAGGUGCUGGGCAUCGUGUUCUUUCUGUUUGUGGUCAUGUGGUGCCCCUUCUUCAUCACCAACAUCAUGGCCGUCAUCUGCAAAGAGUCCUGCAAUGAACACAUCAUCGGAGCCCUGCUCAAUGUCUUUGUCUGGAUUGGUUACCUCUCCUCAGCUGUCAAUCCACUGGUCUAUACACUGUUCAAUAAGACUUAUAGGUCCGCCUUCUCUCGGUACAUUCAGUGUCAGUACAAGGAAAACAGAAAGCCCCUGCAGUUAAUUUUAGUGAACACUAUACCGGCGUUGGCCUACAAGUCUAGUCAGCUCCCAGCAGGACAAAAAAAGAACUCACAGGAAGAUGCUGAGCCAACAGGUAAUGACUGCUCUGUGGUUACAACAGGUGAUGACUGCUCUGUGGUUACAACUGGUAAUGACUGCUCUGUGGUUACAACCGGUAAUGACUGCUCUAUGGUUACACUAGGAAAACAGCACUCAGAAGAGGGUUGUACAGACAAUAUCAACACCGUGAACGAAAAGGUUAGCUGUGUGUGAUGGACUGGUUGCUGUGAUAACUGCACUGGAACUAGUUGUUACUCUUGUGUGGGGGGGUGGGGAUAAGGAGGCUGGGACACAUCAGACUACUCCAGUGACUCAACAGUGUCCAUAUGCCCCAUUGUAUUCUGUGUAUGGGGAGCAGGGUGUCACAAAAUGUGCAUUUGAUAAUGUCCUGACAGCACUUGAGGUAGGGGUGUUGGUUUUAUCAUUGUCCUUUUAAUGGGAUCUUUAAAACCAUUGUCCUUUAUUGUACAAUUAUAAUGAGGCAUAAAAUCAAUCUAAUUUCUAUUAUCAAAUAGAAACCUUGCUGCCAUGCUGUUGAUGGGUGGCAUGGGAGUGAGUUGGUGACCUAUUAUUGUACAUAAAAAUAGCUAGAAAUACUGAAUAUAAUGAAUAGCCUCUUUUUUUAAAAAAAUAAAUAAACAGCAUUUAAAAUUCACCAUGACGCAUAUUUUGAAAAUAAAAAAUAGUAUUAUGAAAUUUGUAUUGCUAAUAUAAUUAAUUGAAAUACUUGACAAUAUUUUUCAUUCUUGCCUUUUCAUAGACGCCAUUUUGAAGAGUUCACAAGAUCUCUGGCAUUAGCUGCGUGUGUCAUUGAGUUCUUGGACGUGGAAGGGUUUUAAAUGUUAUUCAAUGACGCGCUGCUUUCUCUUCUACUUCUUGGGCUUUACCUGAAUUUGCAGUGUGGUCUUGUUUCGUAUCUUCUCUUCUCUGUGAACUAUCAAAGGAUAAUUUCGCUUUUCGAAAUACAUUCUAGAACUCACUUCAAAGAAACAGCAUCCUGGAGGUAUUUGGUCACUCAUUAUGGAACCACUGCACUGCGCAUGCGCCCUUUAAAGCUGAGCCCAGUGCAUAGAGUUGACUGUCACAGCUAAACAAUAAACUCAGGUUUCUCGCUGUAAGCAGUAGUUUCUUAGGCUAUUUCUGUUAAAAAAAAAAAAAAAAAAAAAUCAAGUGACUUUCCUAUUGACACUUAAUCAGGUAAAAGUGAUGUUUUCAAAGGGCUGGGGUUGUAGCUGCAUUGAGUGCUCACCUAGCAUGCAGGGAGCCCUUGGUUCCCUGGUACUGAGUUAACAGAGCAUGGUGGUGCAUACCUGUAAUCCUAGCACUUGGAAGGUGCAGG